CAAGUACAUUUGGUACCAAUUUUUCUCUUAUUGUAGCAAUGGCGAGUGCAACUCUUAAGUGGAGUAUGUUUGUGAUGUUCUUGGCUGCUGUUACUUUUGAGUAUGGUGAUUGUUUCCACCACAUUUCUGUGUUAAGCGCAUGCUCUCCUAGUGGAUAUUUGCACGGCAAAACUGGGCAUUGCAACACCGAACAUGAUUCUGAUUGUUGUAAGGCUGGUGAAUUAUACCCACAAUACCGAUGUUCCCCACCUAUAACUGGAGAUACACAGGCAACCAUGACUAUUAAUAGCUUUGCAAAAGGAGGUGACGGUGGCGGCCCAUCAGAGUGUGACAACAGUUACCAUAGUGACGAUGAAAUGGUUGUCGCUUUGUCUUCCGGCUGGUAUAAUCAUGGUAGCCGUUGCCUGAAGAGCAUAAGGAUCAAUGCUAAUGGAAAGUCUGUCUUGGCGAAGGUGGUUGACGAGUGUGACUCUGUCAAUGGUUGUGACAAGGAUCAUGAUUUUCAGCCUCCUUGUCCUAAUAAUAUAGUUGAUGCUUCACCUGCGGUAUGGAAUGCAUUGGGGAUCCAUGGUUCAGAAGUUGGUGACUAUGACAUUACUUGGUCCGACGAAUGAAAUGUAAACAUGUGAUGCCAACCACAUAUGCUAUAUUACCUUGGCUACCAUAUUAUAUCAUCCCACUCAUCAUACGCCAAAAUAUAUCACUUGAUCGUACUCAUGUUAAAGUAUGAUUUUCUAAAUAUUCAACAUGAAUGAUAAAGUAUAUAUUAC